AUGUUUCAGGGCGGCAUGUUAUCUCUCGAGUCUAUCGGCGGCCAGGUGGUGGAGCAAUUUAGUCAAAAGGAAGCGAUGAAUACGGUGACACCAACUUCUCUUGUCCAAGAAAAGGGCGUUGGAGCGGGUGGUGGUAGCAUCGGCGGGAUAACCAUAGGGGAAGCACUCGAAGCUACUGUUUUGACAGCAGGAAAGAAACCCGUUGAAUGGAGCGACGCAGCAGCGAUUCAAGCAGCGGAAGUUAGAGCCACCGGGCGCACAAAACAUCGUCCCUGGCGGUGUUGCCCGCGGCGGCGCAAUCAGCCGCAACUCUCAAUGCUCGAAACAACAAAGGAUGAGAACAAAACCAAACUCGCUGAUGUUCUCGCGGAUGCGACUUUGAAGUUACCACGGCGGAUAGGCCAGCGACGAGGAGAGAUGCUGGAAGGUGUGACGGGUGCAGAAAUGAGAAAUGAUCCGUCGCUAACUACACAUCCUCGGGGGAUUGUCUGCGUCAGUGGCAGCCGCAGCUAG